AUGACGCUAGUUGAAGGUGAUGACUAUCAGCGUCUGUGGCUGCUUGUUGGGGAGCUCUCUCAGCAGCUAACGACAAAUAGAGAGGUGGCCGCUCAAUUGCAAGCCAGAGUCGAUGAGCUGAAGGGACAAGCGCUCCACAACAACACCGGAUAUGCGCUUCGUCGAUUCAACCUGGACAUUUCCAAGGAAAAGUUUGAAUCAAAUUUGGAAAAGCUUAACGCCAGCCUGGUAGUUGAGAAUCAGACACUUGCCCACGAGAAUAAGCAGCUCAAUUUGCUGCUGAGGGAAUACGAGCAGACCUUGGAAACUAUCAUGGGUCGCUUCAGGUCCUUUUCCCACGCAACUCAAUCGCACACACUUCAGCUCACAUCUCACUACGAGUCGCUCCUUGCACAAGCAGAAGAGGACCAAUCCAGCCGAGACUUGUCCGAAUCGACAGCCGUGUCGAGUCGUCUAAGCGAAAUGGGAUCCUUAGUGCGUCUUGCUAUGCGUACUUUGGAUGGUGAG